AUGGCUACCCACCAUAGCCUCCCCGGUACCCCCUCGCGUCGCGUUCUCGGCGACUUGACCCCCAGAGCCAUGAACACGCCCUCGAAACCAAGGAGUGUCGACUCGUCUGAACUCAGUCGAGCCCAAAGCCCACUGAAACAAGUGCACGCAACCGCCCACGCUCCACAGGUCCUCGCCGACAAGGAGAACACGCCGAGCGCCGACGCGUUCCCACACGGGAGGAAGAGGAGCAUUGCCGAGGUAGACGACGCGGAGAAGGUGCCCACGGCGAAGAUGGUCGCACUUCCUCAGCCAGACGCGAUAGCCCAGCUCACCGCCGCCGCCGUGCAGCGCCAUACAGUACAUGCCCCUACACGCACGCGUCUGCCCAGCACUAAGUCUUCAACCUUGCAGUCCAACAACCCCGUAGGCCUUGCCGACCCAGGGUCCCCCACCGAACGCGCAACGCCCACACCCUCCCCACCCUCGCCCCCGCUCGAACCGAUCCAAGACUCGCAAAAGUCCUUCUCCGAGUUCCUCGACUACGGGCUAUGCGCCAGCCAGCAGUCUGAACACGGCAUCGCCGUCCCCAAACCCACGCCGAAGCCCGCGCCGCCCCAAACCCCCUCGAGCGCACCGGCGCCCAAGUCGCGCGCCCAGCUGCUGCGCACGCGUCUCAACUUUGCCAAAUACAAAGUCCGCACGAACCAGGUAGCCAAGCGCACCAGCGACGUGCUGUCCGAGUACGAGCUCUCGUCGUCGCCCGACGCGCUGCGCACAUCUGCCGAGCACCUCGCGGCCACGCCCUCGGCGCGCGUCCCCAACAUCACCGUCUCGUCGCCCGCGCGGCACCCCGUCUUCGUGCGCGCAAACCUCGACCCCUUCCGCCCGAUUGGCGCGCUGGGGCAUCCGCCCGUCAGCUUCGCGCCGCCGACGCACAGCGCGGGCGUCGAGUCGAGAACGGUCGAGGGGUACGAUGUCCGGAGCUCGCCGCCGGUACAGAGCGUCAGUCCCGCGGCGCUCGAGAGUCCGCUGCACGGGCAGGCGAGCAAGCACGAGCGCCUGCAGCGGCUCAAGGAGCAGCAGUGGAGGGAAACCAGUGCUGGUGCGGGCACGGCGGGGAGCGCGGCCAAGGGGCUGUUGGAGUUGAUGAGUGGGAGGCGGUAG